UGCGUUCCAAGUUGAUCACGACAUCCUGCGAUGAACAUCACAUCGGAGCCCAAAGAUGUUUGGCAGGCGGCUGCUUCUGGUGAUACUUCAUUGUUUCCCUGGUGCAGCUGUGGAUCCAGGAGCCAAAGUCUGGGUAGAUCUGGAAGACCUUGCACGCGGCGCAGGCAACACACAGGUCUUGACGCGUUCAUAUUGGCAAGAUCAGUUGGAUGCGCUUCAUGCGCUCCAUCCGCAUUCCGAGAUCUCAGCGGCCAUCGCAUGGCUCUACUUGUUCGGAUUGGCCGGAGAAUCGGGAUCGUCUGAAGCCUUGGUCGAUCGGGAUGUGGACAGGGCCGUUGAGAUUGCUCGAGAAGGAGCAUUUCAAUCGAAGUGUGGUCGAUGCUUCUCUUUGCUGGGCUUCCUUUUGGCUGUGGGAUUCCCACCAUUGCUUGGAGCAGCACACUUGACAGAAGAUAGUGCUGGGAUGCCGCGCCUGGUGUUUCUGGGUGAUGUUUUAUCAGACUUGUCCAUCUAUGCAGCACGCUUGCCUCGAGACAUUGGUGCUCCUGAUCCUGCUGCUGCGGCAUAUACCAUUGCGUCACAACAGGGAGAUGCGAUUGGUCUCCUUGCAACCAGCUAUUUGAGCCAAACAGGACUCAUCCAUCUGGACACCUACCGAGCACCCUCACCCAAUCGUGCCUCCUCCAUGAUCUCUCGCCCGCCGCAUCCGCGCCGCGGCGAUGCCGACAAGAACGGCGACCCACGGUCCGCGGUCCGCGCGCGUGACACGGACCUGGCAAGGUCCUUGGGCCAUUUGGCCUCCGAGGUGCUCCAAAACCUGCAGAACACGAGCGGUCGCUCCUGGGGUGCUUUACCUGGCCCUUUAUCCGGAAGAUCCACCGAUCGCUCCGACGUGGCCUUUGUGGAGCUUGUCUUGGCCGACGUGGCCAAUGCAAGAGCUGCGGACCUCGCACGCGCGGCAACGUUGCUGGAAGGAAAUCCUGAGAUGUCUCAGCAUCUUCCGGAGAUCGCACGUCAACAUGCCAACGUCCCGGAGCUUAUUUCAUCAGCAGCUGAAAAGGGGGAUCGAAGAUCAGCACUUCGUGCCGCAGUCGAUUUUCUCCAAAGCAACAAGACAGAGCAAGCAAAACCCCUUUUGGAAGCAGUUUCGCAGGCAGAAGACUCUGAGGAAGCCAUGCGGGCCAUGGCCCAAUAUUACCUAGUGCGAUUCGUCGACCAGAACGAGUCAAGCCAAGAAGAAGCAAGAAGACUUGCAUGGCCUCAUUUGCUCCAAGCGGCCGAUUUGGGGCGCCAAGAUGCACAAUUGUUGGUGGCUCAUGCCCACGUGAGCCCCAACGACUUUGCAGCUCUGGAAGAUGAGCUCGACCAAAACACGACGUCUGCCCGAGAGGCCCAACGGCGUUAUCGUCAACUGGUCGGAGGCCAGGGCCAGGGCCAGGGCGAACAGGGCCGGCCGAAGGGGAACCUGUCAGAGGUGCAAACUUUUGCAGCGUACAAUUUGGGCGUUUUAUCCUUGCACUCGCACGAUGGUCCAACUGGUCCGAGUGGUGGUCACGAGGAACCUCGUGACACAGGCGGGACCCGCUCCGAGGCGCACGAGAUGUUUCAGCAGGUGGCGCUCUCGCAAAGUCACAUCGUUCGGCUCGUCUUAGCGCUGGAACGUCGAGCAGCGCAGCUGGGAGAUCUGCAUGGAGCACUCUUGCUGGCGAUGCUGUUGAGUGACAUGGGGCAUGUGCUGGGCCAUAUGGAUGCAGCACACCUAUGGGACCAAUGGUCACAUCUCCGGCCUCCGCAUCUACGCACAUUGAACGAAGACGAAGUAGACAAGGAAGAAGAGGUGCAUCCCUGCGACUUGCAUGGCUGGUGGAAGACGGCGACGGCAGAUUUACUGGACCAGAACGUGACGACACUCUUUGCAGCAAGGGUGCUUGGUGGUGGCUUUGAGAUGUUCAACGUCAGCGAUGACCAGACCACCUUGGCCCACCUCUCUGGUCUCGAAGGAGAGAUGACGAUGCCUCGAGCGACAGGAGAUUUCCAACAUUUGCACUCCUUCUUGUGGCACACGACCCAUGAUGCAUUUCCGGGUGGCGCACCGGUGCCCGUAGCGCUGCAACCACCGGGUGCCGUACCACAUUUGGUGGAGUUUCAUCACCAACGCGGCAAACUGAGUGUCGAUGAAUCUUGCAGAGUUGCAUCGGUCGAUGGGAUGUAUGUGAACUGGACCUUUCAUCGCCUUGAACCGCAGCGAAUGGGGGAGAAAACACAGGAGAGUAUCUCCAUUGACACAGAGAUCGCCAUCUCAUUGGGUGGUGACGAGUCUACCUCAUACUUGGUCGAGCCAAACGCCUUUCUGCACUGUUGGGUACGACCUGAGCGAUACUACGUGGCCUUGCAGGCUGCCCUGGAUGCACCACCGCCACGUCCUUCCCAGGGGACUUGGGAGGACAUUCACUCUGUGGAAGCCGGAACUACCAAAAGUACGAAACAUCGCUUUCCCAAACCAUCCGGAAGUCUUCAGGAGGAGAUCAUGUCACUGACGACCAGUAACGACUGCCCCUGCUAUGGUGGCUUUGCAUGUCGAAGGGGUGAUGGAGCCUGCGAGCAGCUGGCGAAGCAAUCGGCCGGGAGCGGCGAGGAGCUCCUUGCGUGUCGCCCUGGGUCCACCUUUUGUCGAGAGGUUCCAGCUGACAUAGAGCCUGCGCGUUCCAAUUUCGCUGCAGCGCCGGACGUUUGUGGAUUCUACUUCUACAGGAGGGCAGCUGCAGAUGGACAUCUUGAUGCCAUGCACGUCUUGUCACACGCAUACAGCAACGGUCACCGUGGUGCACCCAAAGAUGCCGCAGAGGCCUUCGCUUGGAGCGCCGCGGCGGCGGCCCGCGGCGACCUGCGCGGGCGCUUCGACGUCGCGUACAGCCUGGAGUUCGGGCUGGGCACCGUGGCGGAUCCGGAGCGUGCUUCGCAGAUGUAUCGGGAGAUUCUGACAGAUCAGGGCUGGGAUGGCGAUUCGAUGGUGGGCAAAGCAGCCGCUUCCUUCCUGUCGCUUCUGGCGUCAUCGGGCCGCUAUGCAAGCAGACUUUUACACUCGACCUGAACAUUCCGAUCUUCUCGUCACGAAGAACGACCUGCCGAGUGCCUCAUGGCCCCUGCAAGUGCUCUUCGUUCCGCGCAUCUCCGGUCCGACCUCCGGCGCAACGCCCGCCUGGAGGAGGCGGCGGCGACAAAGUCUUGUCAGCGUGCCAAAAGGGGCACGUUCAGUUCAUGUGCAGAAGGUGUUGCAGGCAUUUGCAGAUGGUGUUCUAGGGCAGGGCAGAUUCAGGAUGCUUCAAGUAUCAGCUGGUCCAACAUUAUCCUGCGUGUUUUUGGAUUGUGUCCGCAGCCAUUGAGGCAUGAGCAAUUCAUGCCCAUUUGAG